UGUCUGACCGGACAUCACUAUCGUCGACAACGCGAUCCAAGCCCGGCUUUGCACGACAGCCACGUGGGUGCGCAGGCAGCGACGAAGUUGUACACAAAGAGAUCGACAUGACCGAUUCCACGAGCCACCCGAUCCACGCUGCUCCCGACAUUCGCGAUGCUACAAAUACCUGGUCCAACCUGACAUCAUGGGCCGUCAACGCUACCAUGCGAUUGACACCAUCGUAUCAAGACGUUCUUCUGGCUGGUCCCCGCAUGCUCAGAAAAAUCGGUUCUUUCGUGACCACUGCUGGAGGCCCUGAGAGCAGCAUCGGCGAAUUGCCAUUAGACCCUGCUCAUGAAGUGCACCUCGAUACGCUGCGACGGCUGGUAGGCGAUCCACCGCUGUACGAAAGGCUUGAUCGGCAAAUCCAAGCUACGAGAGACUGGGAGGCCGCAGAUAUGGCACAACACACGGCGGUCAGGUCUUCGGGCUUUUCUGUUGAUGGCGUCCGCGGCUUCGGCAGUGUCUUCAGCUACGCAACCAGUCGCUGGGCCAUAGCUUGCACCGCCAUGGCCAUCAUCCUUAACAGAACACACAUCUAUGCUGCCACCAGGAGAAGACUCCGUUUGCGCUGGACGGCUAGACUUCUGAUCCGCAUAACUCCCAUCAUUCUGAUUUCCCUCCAGGCUAUGAGCAUCCUCCAAUCUCUACAGUGCCAGACCUCGCCAGACUUCGCGCAUCUUCGGUGGAAUACGGGGGCAAAGAGCUCAGAGUUGAUGUUUGCGCAUCCCAACAGGUUUUUCAACGGGCUUGCAUCAAACAUCCUUUUCGCGAGCGACGAGCAGUCAUGUCGCGCAGUGCAGAUGAUCCCGGCCGACGAUCCGGCAUCUUCUUAUGACUUACGGGGCUCACUUUCGCGCCUAUGGCCCCUCUUUGGCUCCUUCUGUAUGAGCCACUUCUUGGAGACCUUGUCGUGCGCUGUGCAAGGCCGUCGGCAUGCGUACGAGACUGCCAUGACCUUAUUCGAGCAGUCUUUGGCAUUUGCCGAGGCAGACGCAGCCGUGAGCAACCAACUCCCGUGGACGAAGAUGGCUAAGCUUGCGCCUCGCGCUUCACAAGCCACUGCUGGAACGACCAUCGCGCUGACGAGAUCAAUGAUCAUGCGCAGGGUCAACACGCCACCGGAAGUUCUCUUUGUUGCAUUUCUCUCCGCUUUGACACACAUCAGCAGUCAUGUCCUCGGUAUUUUCGAUCUUCAAGCCAAGUGGCGUCUCAUUCAUACCGGCUUUUGGGCAUUUUGUUUCAUGUCAACAAUUAUGACUAGCGUCCUAGCGUUCGAUCUCGACGAUCCAAACUCGCAGGGUCUGCUACGUUAUCCCACAGUCUGCAUCAUUGGUCUGAUACCGCAUAUGCUCGUCCUGCUUGGCAUUAUUCUGUGCCUGUUUAUUUACGGGCUUGGUGUCGUAUUAUCUGCGCUUUCACCGCCUCCUGAGGAGGGUCACAUUCCCCUAACCCUCAGCCAACGCAUUGCUCGGGCACAUCAGAACAUGCAGGCCGUGUCCUUCUCCGAUAUCAGAAUCACACGUGAGAUGGACAUUUACACCGCUUUGCUACGGACCGGAUUUGCAGCGGUCACGAUGGCUAGCGAGGCUGUGUAUCUUAACGAGGAUCGAGGUGUCGGCCUACAGCGCCAUACGUGGCUGGAAGAAGCUCGCCUCAAAGAAGCCGAAGAUCUGCAACGAGCCUGGGUCGGGUCUGGCCUAGGUCAUGACCGGUAUGACCAGAUUGGCGCGAUUGGCCUCGUCCCGGUGAAAGAAGGUGGUGCUGUGACCGCCAACGGGUUUUCAAGGGAACGUGCGGCCCAGAAAGUCCCAGCUGCUCAAGGAGAAAGGGUUCUUCGUGUCGGUGGCGUGGGAGCCGGCGAAAGGAGUGCCAGAUGGACAAUGGCCCUUGGUCUCUUCCUCAACAUCUGCAAACUUUUCUUGCGCAUUGGCGCAAUAACGCUCCUUUGGAUUCUAUCGGUUGCACGAAUACGUGCGCAGCCAACAGCUUUGCUUAGGCUGGCGCGCAGGCAGGCCUCGAAGGAUGGGGAGAAGUAUGGCGACCUCCGGUCAGGAGCUCGUGCUGCUUCAGUGCGAGACGGCGCUGCGGCCACCAUGAACGCACAAGAUAUUGAGUCUGAAAUCACUCGACAGAGCGAAGACCAAAGUUCCGAGGCAAUUGACAAGAGUCUAUACGAGUACUUUCUGAAAGGUGGAUGGUGGGGGACUCAGGACGAGAGUGGGGAUUACCGACCUGAUCAGGUCUACGAAGACUGGGACACAACAAGCGUCAUUUCGGCAUCGACGACAAGCGAGCACAGUGAUGACGAGACAGGCUGGGAAUCUGACAUCGACGACGGACAACGGACCCCAACUCAGCGUUCUUUCCAUGGGAAUCAAGCUCAGCCUUCGCUGGUUGACACACCAUUCUCAAUGACAGACCUUGCCCGCUUGCUUCAGCCCCAAAGUCCGGAAGAAAGAAGUCAUGCACAAGCCCUGGUAGCUCACUUUCAGAGUGACCGGAUCGUCACAAGAUCGCAGUUCCGGCGCCUCGAGCAGCUGCAACGCACUCGCAUCCUAACAAAUCCCGGCAGUGGUAUGGACCAUCUAGGGGGGAGCGCGAGAAGUGUCACUUCAUCCACGCGCGCCAGGCUUACCCCUGAGGAGGAAGAACACCUUCUCGAGCAGCUACUGCUCAGCCGCCGAAAUGGACCGACGGCAACCCGAGAUUCCUCCAACGCGGGCCUACUUGGCGAGAACGGACCUCAAUGUGUUGUGUGCCAGUGCUCUCCUCGAUCUGUCAUUGUCUGGCCUUGUCGGUGCCUCAGCUUAUGUGACGAGUGCCGCAUCGCGCUUGCGAUGAAUAACUUCGACAAGUGUGUUUGCUGCAGGCGGGAGGUGAUGAGCUUUAGCAGAAUAUUCGUACCUUGAGAUGGCUUUGGGCACGGCAAGCCCCUGCCCUUUGCUUGUUCAACUUUGGGAGAUGCCUUCGCGUGUGUAAAUCGUGUAGCAUCAGCUUCAGGAGUCACGGCGU